AGUCACACAGGGGAGAAGCCAUUUUCUUGUUUAGAAUGUGGGAAAUGUUUUACUGAUAAAUCAACUCUUGUUGCACAUGAGAGAAUUCACACAGGGGAGAAUGCUCUUUCAUGCUCAGAAUGUGGGAAAUUUUUUAAAUUUAAAUCAGAGCUUAUUAUACAUCAAAGAACUCACACAGGGGAGAAGCCAUUUUCAUGUUCAGAAUGUGAAAAACAUUUUAACUUAAAAUCACAUCUUGUUAGACAUCAGAGAACUCACACAGGGGAGAAGCCAUUUUCAUGUUCAGAAUGUGGGAAAUGUUUUACUGAUAAAUCAACUCUUGUUGCACAUGAGAGAAUUCACACAGGGGAGAAGCCAUUUUCAUGCUCAGAAUGUGGAAAAAUUUUUAACUUUAAAUCAAAUCUUGUUGCACAUGAGAAAACUCACACAGGGGAGAAGCCAUUUUCUUGUUUAGAAUGUGGGAAAUGUUUUAGUGAUAAAUCAAGUCUUGGUAAACAUCAGAGAACUCACACAGGGGAGGAGCCAUUUUCAUGUUCAGAAUGUGAAAAACAUUUUAACUCUAAAUCAAAACUUGUUAGACAUCAGAGAACUCACACAGGGGAGAAGCCAUUUUCAUGUUCAGAAUGUGAAAAACAUUUCAACCGUAAAUCACAUCUUGUUAGACAUCAGAGAACUCACACAGGGGAGAAACCAUUUUCAUGUUUAGAAUGUGGGAAAUGUUUUAGGGAUAAAUGGUAUCUUCUUAACCAUCAUAAAAUUCACACAGGGGAGAAGCCAUUUUCUUGUUUAGAAUGUGGGAAAUCUUUCAUAUGUAAAUCAAAACUAGUUACACAUCAGAGAAUUCACACAGGGGAGAAGCCAUUUUCUUGUUUAGAAUGUGGGAAAUGUUUUAUUGAUAAAUCAUUUCUUGUUACACAUCAGAGAAGUCACACAGGGGAGAAUACAUUUUCUUGUUUAGAAUGUGGGAAAUGUUUUACUCAUAAAUCACAUCUUGUUGCACAUGAGAAAACUCACACAGGGGAGAAGCCAUUUUCUUGUUUAGAAUGUGGGAAAUGUUUUAGUGAUAAAUCAAGUCUUGGUAAACAUCAGAGAAUUCACACAGGGGAGAAGCCAUUUUCAUGUUCAGAAUGUGAAAAACAUUUUAACUCUAAAUCACAACUUGUUGGACAUCAGAGAACUCACACAGGGGAGAAGCCAUUUUUAUGUUCAGAAUGUGGGAAAUGUUUUACUAAUAAAUCAACUCUUGUUGCACAUGAGAGAAUUCAUACAGGGAAGAAGCCAUUUUCAUGUUCAGAAUGUGAAAAACAUUUUAACUCUAAAUCACAACUUGUUAGACAUCAGAGAACUCACACAGGGGAGAAGCCAUUUUUAUGUUUAGAAUGUGGGAAAUGUUUUACUAAUAAAUCAGCUCUUGUUAAACAUCAGAGAAUUCACACUGGAAAAAAGCGAUUUUAACGUUCAGAAUGUGAUGCAGUAACUAGAGAUGAGUGAACUUUAGAAAAAUUCAAUUCUGCAGCUUGGUCAAAGUUCAACAAGAAAUUUGAUUCAUUCCAAAUUAAUUUAUCAUUAAUCACUAUGUUAAAACCCUAUUCAGCCUAUCAAUCAAUGAGACCAUUUUUAACGACACCUUAGACCAAAGUACACCCGUCUAACAGCCAAUAAAAACGGUAAUACGCUAGUGCAAUAUGGCCUUUUGGAUUAAAAAAUAAAAUAAAAAUCACUCGCCUCAUCCAUUUGCUCACACAGGGGCUUGUCCGCUCCUCUCUUGAUUAGAAAAAUACCUGCUGAAGGACCUGGGCUUAGCGUGAUGACUUCACCAUGUGAUCAUGCUGGGAGAGCACAGUGACAUCAUCACAUUGAGCGCAGGUCCUUCAACAGGUCUAUUUUAGUCAAGAGAGGAGCGGACUGCCUCUGCGCAAGCUAGUGGAUGAGGUGAGUACAUUUCCGUUUUCUCUAAUACAAUUCCAGCCGCCAUUUUAGGAAAAAUGAUUCAUUAUCAUGAAGCCCAAGGAAAUUCGGCUUUGUUUAAAAUCAGAUUUUUCCUAAAAUUCAGACUGAAUUCCACUUCGGAUGGUUCGCUUCACUGAACACUAGUGGUAACCAUAAAGAAGAUCUUGUUAGACAUCCGAGAAUCCGCUAUAAAAUUUGCAGCGUUUAUUUUUUGGCACAAAUGAUAUGAUAACUUUAUUCAUUAUUUGAUUAUAGUGAUACCAAAUGCAUAGUUUUUUAAAAAGCUUUAUUACUGUUGCACA